ACACUCACUGAGUCGACCACAACCACCACUACAACCAUAACCGCCACUCCAACAGAACACAUGAUCGACACGACAACAACGCGGCCACUGAUUAACGGCGAAUUGAGUACAAAUGAUAACAAUAUUAUUGACACUAAGACCGUAUGUGUGGACAACAGUAGUAUUUCAAGCAGUGAUGGUGUGAUUACUUGCGCCCAACAAUCCGUCACAACGACCACAGAUUCGACGACCGCUGCGACGCCUGAAGUGCCGGUCACAGCGGCCGCCGAUCACCAGACGUCUAGUCAACAGCUAAGCUCUGAAAUUGAUUUAUUGAAAGAACUGUUGGCCGAAACGCGAGCGGCGAAGAAGGUUACGGACGAAGAGUUGUCGCGAACGGUCACCGAAUUGGAGAACUUGCGGUCACUGACCAAACAGUUGUCGCGGGAAUCGGACGACGCUCUCGAGAGGUUAGAGCGGACGGCGCGAGAAGUGGACGAACGGAAUGCGUCGAUACAAGCGCUCAAGAAUCAGAUCAACGAGUCUCAGGAGCGGGUGAGACAGGCGGCCGACGAGUGCGCACAAACUCGACGCCAAUUGGCUGACACGGAGCGGGUUUGCGGUUUGAAGGACUCUGAGUUGAGUAGUUUGCGGGUACUGUUGGACGAGGAGCGCAAAGUGCAACAGAAAUACGCCAACAACUAUGACCAGUGCCGCAGACAAUUGGUUGAACAGCAGGCGCUCACCAAACAAAGCCAAACCGAAGCGGAACUGUUGCGCAAAAAGGUGUACAACAAGAAUGAAGAGUUGCGAACGUCGCGCAACAAUCUGUCGGCCGUCGGCGCGCCAACAGUGGCCGCCGAAGACCACGAACGGGUGGCCAAUGAGUGCCAAACUUUACGCGCCCGACUCGACUCCCGGGACAACGAACUGUACGCGUUUCGGGCGGAGAACCAGAAGCUCGCCGGCGAUCACCAGUCACUUCAACAGUCGUAUCAAUUACUGCAACAAAUCAAUCGCGAAUUGGAGGCCAGGGGUGACCGCUAUUGGAAGGAACGGUACGAUUCAGCCGUCGGUGACGUCCAAACACACGAAACAAAGCUCACAUCCGUUUGCAAAGAGUUGGAAGACUUGAAGUUAAAAUCCGAAGACUUUUUCAACGAAAAUCAAACGCUUAGCGAAGACCUCAAGACUGCCAACGAAGAGAUGGAAGUGAUAUCAUAUCAGAACAAAAUUGCCACCGCUUGCGCUGUCGUACCACUAAUAAUGCUAUUGAUUGCGGUUAUAAUGGCUUAUUAUCCAUCGGUGUCAACAGUGACCGGAACUACCGAUUUGUGAAAUUAAUUUAUCAAUUAAUUACGAAACAAUUCUAUAUUUUUGUCAUUAAUCUAAUGAUAUAAUCGGUGCCUCUCUUUACAUAUACGACAACUAGACCUCCAGUUCCCACUCAAACACAACACUUCCGUCUAUUAAAUAUAUAUAUUAUUAUAAAUAGUAAUCAAGUAUUCGUUUGUAAUAUAGAUUUCGUUAUAUUUUUGGUGCAAUUUUU